AUGGAUGACUUUGAGCCUCCGUCGUUCUCCCUCGGACUCGAUCUCUUCUUCGAUUCGGAGCCCCAAAUAGCCGCCGAAGCACCGCCCCAAGAUCCUCCCGCCGGUUCAACUAGCCCUACGCUCCAAGACGACGCCGGCGGGGACACGGACUUCGGGCCCCGCGUCGCCGAAUCGGAUCCGGAAUCCCGAUCCGAACCGCCUCGGGUUCUGAAACGGCUCCGGCGAGGACCUCCGCAGCUGCGCGAAACGACGGCGUUGAGGUCUUGUGUUGCUGAGGAUGAUAUCGAAGAGUUCUCUUCGCAAGAAGAUGUUCUUGAAGAACUGCACCCGCCAACACAAUAUCGUUCCAUGUGUAGUAGUUCAAAGAUCCCAUUACAUGGCUGUGGGGCUAUUACAAAACAAUCAAGCGAGUGGAAGGCAAGAAACAAAGAACCAGUUUCAACUGCAACAGCUUCUGCAAGUGCAGAAAUUAGCCAUAGUGAAAGAUUGUUUCCCAAGUUGACUAUUAGUCCUCUUCGAAAAUUCCAGUUAAUUGAUUCCGACUCUGAUGAGCCUUCCACAAGCGAAAAAGUUAUGAUCAUGGGGGAUCCUCAAAUUGAUCAAUCCUCCAAGAAGCAACAAUCUAAUCACGGCCAAUCUGCCACUACCAGUGGACAGAAAAGAAAUGCUUCAGAUUGUAUGCCUAAAAGUGCAGAUUUGUGGAAAGAUUUCUGCCCAGUUAAGAGUUUUCGCAUUCCAACACCUGCAUUAGAUGAGAUGUGUAAUCAAUACUUCCACUCUGUGAAGGACAAAAAUGCAUCUGUGAAACUAGGGAGUGAUAAAUCUGUCAAGAGCUCUUCAGGUUUUAGGGAAACUACAAAUGGCCAAAGCAUCGAACAACCCUGGAAUACAGCUAAUCUAAUUCUGCCUGCUCAUCGUUACUUUCUCCAUCAUGAUCCAAGGAUUCGGAAGUUAGUUCGCAAUCGCUUACCCAACUUCUUUCCACUAGGUAUUGAUGAGAACAAUGAAAAUCAGCAGAAUGGUGCAGCAGUUAUUGAUUACAUGGGCCAAUUUGGCAAUAGAGAGCCUUCGAAACGACAAGCAACUCAACAAGUUGAUCCUGAGAGAAAUUCAAAGAGGGGAAGGACUAAAGCAAAUGCUGAGAACAGCUCAAAAAAGCAAAGUAAUACGUCAAGAAGACUAAACGAAGGAGGGGUUUUGCAUGCUUCUGAAGGUUGGGUAGAUCCAAAACGAGGGAAAGUAGCAGGGAAAAAGAGUGUUAAGAAAAGCUCGAAGAACCGACGAAAUACAGCGCAAGCAUCUAGUGCUGGAGAAGGCUUGCAUGACUCUGGAAGCUGGUUGGAUCCCAGAAGCAGUGUUACUAGCAAUAAAAAGAACUCAGGAAAACAAGGGUCGCAUUCGAAUGGUCAAUCUGUCGGUCAAUGGUAUACUGGCCCAAAUGGACGGAAGGUUUAUGUCAACAAAAAUGGGCAGGAGCUGACAGGUCAAAUUGCUUACAGACAAUACAAGAAGGAUAAAGGAGGGCUUAAUAAAGCCGAAAGGAAAGCCAGUUCCAAGAAGAAGAAAAGCUGA